CUUCCAAUUCCAACUUGUUUCGACACUCAUCAUACUUUUAUUUUAAUCGAUAUUGAAUAAUAUCUCUGUUUUGAACUAUCUCCAGAUCCAAAAUGGCGUCCUCUUCCCCGCUCUCAAAUACAAACGGAUUGCCCAUCAAGUAUACUGUGGAACACACUCGCAAAGAUGGUAUCUCUGACAAAACCCUCAUGGAUUGGUUCAAUAAUGUGCAUUUGACUUAUGGCUUGCCGUUGAUGAAGAAGCACGGGAUUAUUAAAUACGCUGUCCAUGUGCGAGAUCCCAAGAUUGGCGCCGCAUUCCAGCUCGAAUUGGACAACGUGCGGCCUGGGUGGGAAGUUAGCAAGUGCGAUAUGGUCCUUGAGUACUGGACCUACGACAUGGGCAACCUCAAGUCCCUCAUCAUGGACCCUGAGUGGCAGGAGAAGGCUGUCAAAGACCAGGACGAUUUCUUUGAUAUGUCCAAACCCACCAGCAUUCACAUCGGGUAUGAUACUACGUAUCUUUCCGACGGACAGAUCGUCAACUUAGACCCAAAGUAG